AUGGCGGACUCAAAAGGCAGGAAGCAAGCUACCCUGGGGUAUGUUCGAGAUUCCCAGUUGAAACUUGGGAGGUUCUUUGGUUCAAAUUCAGACUCCUCGAAGUCCCCCAAGAAGCAAACUACGCUGUCUUUCUCAAACAAGAAGAGCAAAGCUACGAAAGAUACGACUGAAUCAGAAACGGCGCAAGAUUCUACACCUGCCAAUGAACGUGGAGCUAAUGGAAGCGCUAACGGUGGCGUUGACACUGUGGACUCUGCCGCCGAGCCAAAGUCAGGGGCUGUCAAGGCAGACAAGACGGGCGAUCUAAACAACUUGAAGAGAGAGAAUAGCAGUGAAGAUGAGGACAGCGAUGUUCAGCCAGCGAAUAAGCGCCGCCGAAAGGCCUCACGAGGGGACGAAGCAGUUGCCGCCCCGAAGAGAAAACCCGCGACACCUAAGAGUCCCAAGAAGAGAUCACAACCUAAGGAGCCGUCACCACCACCGGCCGCCAUUGCGAAGGCAUCGGGAGAGAAAACGCCGGAGAAGGAUGCCUCGGAAAAGGAAGAAGGAGAAGAAGAGGCGCAAUCUGCUAGUGAGGAUGAAGAAGAUGAGAAGCCCGAGGUGAAGAAGAAAAAGAUCGAGAAGGCUCAAGCAACAUUGAAGGCCAGCGGAACCGAGCCUUAUCCCGACUGGAAAGCAGGCGAUCCGGUUCCUUACGCCGCACUCUGCACCACCUUCUCCCUCAUCGAGAUGACUACGAAGCGACUAGUGAUCCUGGCCCAUUGUUCGCUUUUCCUUCGCCAAGUACUGCGCUUGACUCCUCAAGAUUUGCUCCCCACUGUUCAGCUCAUGAUCAAUAAGUUGGCUGCAGAUUACGCUGGAAUUGAGCUUGGAAUCGGCGAGUCGCUCAUCAUGAAGGCAAUUGGUGAGAGUACCGGACGUAGUCUGGCUGUGAUCAAGACGGAUCAACACGAGAUCGGUGACCUUGGCUUGGUGGCUGCUAAGAGUCGGGGCGACCAGCCUACUAUGUUCAAGCCAAAACCUCUGACUGUUCGAGGAGUGCAUGAAGGCCUUCUCGCCAUUGCUAAGGUCCAGGGUCAUGGUUCUCAGGACAAGAAGAUCUCGGGAAUCAAAAAGCUCCUCUCAGCUGCUGACGCAGCAACCGCGGGUAAAGGCAGCAAAGGCAUUGAUAUUACCAAGGACAAGGGUGGUCCCAGCGAAGCCAAAUACAUUGUUCGAUUUCUGGAAGGAAAGUUGAGACUUGGGCUGGCGGAAAAGACUGUGCUCGUUGCCCUUGCUCAAGCUGUAGUCGCACAUGAGGCCGCUUUGGAAGGUCAAAAGACUCCGUCUGCCGAGAAGUUGACAGAAGGCGAGGCGAUCUUGAAGACCGUUUACAGCGAACUACCGGCGUAUGAAAAGAUUAUUCCGGCCAUCCUUGAGCAUGGUCUGCCCAACCUGCCCAAGGUCUGCAAGCUGCAGCCGGGUAUUCCCCUCAAGCCCAUGCUUGCCAAGCCGACCAAGUCUAUUACGGAAGUGCUUGACCGGUUUGAAGGGAAAGAGUUCACCUGCGAGUACAAGUACGAUGGCGAAAGAGCACAGAUCCAUUACGUCGCCCCUGACUCGAUCCACCAAUAUCCGGGUGCGACGGCCACCUUGAAGAAGGACAGUAAAGGCCUGAGCGCCAUCUUCUCUCGGAAUUCCGAAGACCUAUCGAAGAAAUACCCUGAUGUUCUAGCCAAGCUCGAUGGGUGGAUCAAGGAUGGUGUGAAGAGUUUUGUACUAGACUGUGAGACGGUUGCUUGGGACACAGAGACCAAGAAGGUCCUGCCAUUCCAGCAACUCAUGACUCGCAAGAGGAAGGAUGUCAAAGCGGAAGAUGUCAAGGUCAAAGUCUGCAUCUUCGCCUUCGACCUUUUGUUCUUGAACGGAGAGCCUACGGUUAAGAAAAGCCUACGAGAACGCCGUGAACUGAUGCAUGAGUCUUUCCAAGUCACUGAAGGCGAGUUUCAGUUUGCUCAGUACGGCAAUACGAAUGUCGUAGAUGAGAUCCAGACCCUGCUCGAUGAGAGUGUCAAGGCAUCAUGUGAAGGUUUGAUGGUCAAAAUGCUGGACACUGAAGAAAGUGGUUACGAACCAAGCAAACGGAGUCGGAAUUGGUUAAAGGUUAAGAAGGAUUAUCUCAGCGGGGUCGGUGACUCACUCGACCUCGUGGUUUUAGGUGCCUACCAUGGCCGAGGCAAGCGUACUUCAGUAUACGGUGCAUUCCUCCUGGCCGCGUACAAUUCAAGUACCCAGACGUAUGAGACGAUCUGCAACAUUGGCACAGGAUUCUCCGAAGCAAUUCUGGAAGAGUUCUACAAUGAACUCUCCCCACUAACCAUUGACCGGCCCAAGCCUUUCUACUCCCAUUCGACAGUCCCCAAGGACCAGCCGGACGUCUGGUUUGAGCCGCGACUUGUGUGGGAGGUCAAAACUGCGGAUCUGACCCUCAGUCCACGAUAUAAGGCCGCAGCGGAUGAAUUCGUAGGGACGACUGGAGGUGGAAAGGGAGUGUCUCUUCGCUUCCCCCGAUUCAUCAAAUCCCGAGGCGACAAAAAGCCCGAGCAGGCAACAACCACGCGGGCCGUGGCGGAGAUGUACCGCAAACAGGAGGCGGUUCAAAAAGAGAAUGCUGGCAAGGGAGGAGUGGACGAUGAUUUUGAAUACUAA